AUUGCCGGGUCGGUAGCUAAUGCAGAACUUGCUGGAGCUGUUGCUGGACCCAGCAGCCUUGCAGCAGGUGCAAAUCAACAAACCGAUUCACAACAACAGCAGCAGCAGAGCAAAUCACUUCGAGGUAAUGCAGGUGGUGCAACAUCUUCAAUGAUGAUACGUAGACGAAUGACGCAUAUUCCAGCUCGAAAGCCAGUCCUGUUACGACUAGCAAACGGGAAGCUGAAAUCCGUUGAAUUGAACCCAGGGAAGAAUGUUUCUUUGGGUAAAUUUGGAACAUUUAAAGCAGAUGACAUCAUAGGAUUACCAUUUGGAUUAACGUUUGAGAUCACAAUGCCGAACAAAGGAGAGAUUGGAGAAUUGAAAAUGGUAAUCAGUUCGAAUGCAGAAGAAUUAGAAGACAAUCAAGCAACAAAUGAAAAGAUUCAAGACGGCCAAAAGAAUAAUCCUCAAACGAUGACAUACCUUGAUAUUCGUGCAUUAAAAGAAGGUGGUGCAGAAGGUCGUGAUAUUGUUGAACAACAAGUGCUCAAUAACUCAACAUUUGCACAAAGAACAAGUUGGAGUCAACAAAAGUACAUCUUCCGAAAAGAGGCAAAGCAUAUGCGUCUGUUCACACCCGUUCCACCUUCACUCACAAAUGUUGUCAAAUAUCAUUUUGAUAAAUUUGAUCGUGAUGCAAGUGACAAACUCCGUGGUCUACGUGCCGAUUCGCUGGCAAAUAUUUUGAGCUUAGCAGGUGUUGCUCCUGGAAGGCGGUAUCUCGUUGUGGAUGGGAUUGGUGGUCUCUUGGUCGGUGCGAUGCUCGAACGUAUGGCCGGAGAAGGAAGGCUGUUGCUGAUCAACGAUUCAGAUUCCCCGCCUCCUCUUGAUCUGAUGGCUCAAUUUGAUCUUCCCGUACAAUUUGUUGAUCCAGUCUUGCGAACAAUCAAUUGGGCAAAUACAGAAUCAGAUUGGCAAUCAUUCUUAUCACACAAUGAACAAGAUCAUUCAGCAAGCGCAGAAGUAUCUGAAUCCAAUACAGAAGCUGUUGAAGUAACAGCGAUCGGAAGACCAAUGACAGAUCGUGAUCGUCAACGAAUGAAAAAGAAACAAGCAAUCGCAUCCAACCUGGAAAGGUUACGGAGCGAAUACUUUGAUGGAGAAUUUGACGGCUUGGUUGUGAUUUCGAAAUACGAACCUGUUUCAAUCAUCGAACGUGUUUUACCACGUCUGGCCGGAUCAGCAAAUAUCGUCGUUCAUAGCCCAUUCAUUCAAACACUAAUCGAAGCACAUGCAGUUUUACGAUCUCAUCAUUCAAUUAUCAAUCUAAAUGUUUCUGAACCAUUUCAGAGAAGGUAUCAAGUUUUGCCUGGCAGAAUGCAUCCCGAAAUGAUGACUUCUGCUACGGGUGGGUAUAUCUUACAUGGAAUACGGGUCCUGUCGGAAGAAGAG